AUGUCAGACCCAGAGCAGGACCAGAGGUUGAUCCUCCUGGAGAACCUGGCCACGGCGCUGCUGCGCGUCCGGGCCGACAAGUGGGCCAAGUUUGCGGCCAGCGAGGAGACCUCAGUCCUGCUGGACAAGUUCUUCAAGCAGCCAGAGCUGCUGGAGCUGGUGCUGGCGCUGACCCCGGCCGGGCAGCUCCAGCCCACUACCUCCUUCCCACCUGCCCUGAAGGGCAAGGCCUUCUACUGCGUGAAGAAGAAGGAGGAGAACAUCACCGGGGAGAACUGUCGGAGCGCGCUGCUGGUGGGAGACGUGGGCGCCUCGCCCGUGGAGCAGCUCAUCACCGUGCUGCUGGAGGUUGUGACCCCUCUGCUCCUGAGCCAGGAUGAGGGGCUGAACUGGCCCAGGAUUGUGGCGGAGGACAUCGUGCACCACACUCAGCAGCUGCAGAACAAGAUGUUCAUGAUGACUGGCAAGAUCCAGGGGAAGCCACUGCUCCCACUGCCCGAGCAUCUGGUCAGCUGGGAGGACUCAGGCGCCGCCCUGGACUGCCUGGUGGGGCCCAUCGAUGGCACAGUGCUGCACUCCAUCGAGACCGUGGUCAUCGAGUGGUUCCAGCUGGUUGAGGAGAUCUUCAGCCGGGACCCAGCGCAGCAGCUGCAGGAGGGGCUGCACCCCCUGCCCAAGGUGGAGUUUGAUUUCUGGCAGACCAGGGUGACCAGCCUGCAGUGCAUCAGUGAGCAGCUGGUGACACCCCAGGUGACAGGGCUGGCCAAGGCCCUGGAGAAGGCUGACAGCUGCUACUGGCCGUCGCUGCAGAACAUGAUCAGGGCCGUCAAUGGGGGUCUGGAGGAAGCCAAUGAUGUCAACCUGCACCUGCAGCCGCUGCAGGGGCUGCUGGAGGACAUGGAGCAAAUGGAGUACCCCGAGCUGCGGCCCUUGGUGCCCAAGGUGCUGUGCACCAUCUGCCUGCUCCGCGCCCACUGCGUGCACUACCACUCGCCUGCCCACAUAGCCCGCAUCCUGCAGGAGACCUGCAACUUCUUCAUCAGCCUGACCUACAAAUACCUGAACCCAGAGGACAUGAUGAAGGGGCUGCAAGGAGAGCCCCAGGAGACCCUGGAGGGACUCAAACACGCCAUCUCCAUCAUAGAGAAGUUCUUCCAGUCCUACAGCACCUACUGCUCUGAGCUAACGAGCACGUUCUUCCCGGAGCAGAAGGAGCUCUGGGAGUUUCCCCCGCCGCAGAUCUUUGGGAGGAUGGAUGCCUUCCUGCACAGGCUCAGGGCCAUCAAGGAGCUGUUCCAGGCAGCCAUCGAAUUCCAGAGGCUGGAGAAGACGGUGCUGGGAGGGGUGCGAGGAAACUUCCUUGGGACCUGGGUGCUGAGGAUCUCUGAGGAGAUCUGUGAAGCCACCAAGGCUUUUGCUGACUGCAAAUACGAUCCCCUGGAUCCCGAUGAAGAGGAGUGGAACACAGACUUUGCAGAGUUCCAGAAGAAGGUUGAGGAUGCGAACAAGCAGCUGGCUGCCAUCUUCUGCCAGGGCUUUGACGACUGCAACCGCCUGACAGCUGCUGUGAAGCUGGUGCACAUGUUUGCCACCGUGCUGGAGCGGCCCCUGAUCAAGGCUGAGGCUUCCCCCUGCUACCUGGCCCUGCUGGGGAUGUUCGAGGCCGAGCUGGAGAGCGUGAAGAUGCUGUACGACACGCGGUUCCUGACCCCGCCGCCGCCCGGGGGCGGCCCCGCCAUCCACAAGAACAUGCCGCCGGUGGCCGGGAAGCUGAAGUGGGCGCUGGAGCUGCAGCAGCGCCUGGAGGGGCCGCGCCAGGACCUGCUGGCCAUGAGGCACCCGGCCAUGGUGGGCGCCGAGGCUGAGCUGGUGUCCGGGAAGUACGAGGAGAUGAUGGGGCUGCUGCAGAGCUACAGACGGCGGAUCUACGAGGAAUGGGCGAGCGGGCCCGGCAAGGACUGCCACUUCAGCCUGGAGCAGCCGCUGCUGCAGCGGGACCCCGAGUCCGGCUUCCUCAGCGUCAACUUCAGCAAAGAGCUCUCGGCCGUCCUGCGGGAGGUGAAGUACCUGCACAUCCAGCAGCAGCAGGACAUCCCCACCAACGCUGAGAACCUCUUUGCCCAAAACGAGACCUUCCAAAAGAUAGGGGACAACCUGGCGCUCAUCGUGGGCUGGUACAACGAGGUGAAGCAGCAGCUGAUGCCAGUGGAGCAGCCACUGCUGGCAAAGGAGCGGGAGGCCCUGGAUGUCCGUCUGUCCAGUGCUGAGAAGACUCUAUUUUGGAGCCAUGAAGGUGUCAUGGAAUACAUCCAGGAGAUGAGGGAGACCCUGCACGACCUGCACAGACGAGUCCAGACAGCGAAGCUGAACCUGCAGAGCAUCACCCAGCUGAUGGAGGACUGUUCAGCCACUCCCUUGUUUGGAAGAAAGGACAACAAGGAAACGGCGCUCCUGGACCUCGAAGGCAGAGAAAACGCCAUAGCUCAGCGCCGUGCCCUCAUCGAGAGCACAGGCGAGAAGAUCCAGGGCAUGGUGCAGGAGAACGCAGAGAUGUUUAAGGCCGAUGUAGCCUCACGGAUAUGGCACAACUAUAUGGCACACAUCGACAAAAUCGUGCUGGAUGGGCUCUGCAUGCUCGUCCACAGGUCCCUGCAGCUGCUGCUCACCAACAUGGAACCCGAGGCCCCGGUGUCGCCGCUGUUCGAGGUGCGCAUGGAGCUGGCCGAGGGCCGCGUGCAGUACCAGCCCUCCCUGGAGGUGGGGGCCGGCGACAGCUUCCUGGUGCUGGUGGAGGGGCUGCUGGGGGACACGGAGGCGGUGGCAGCCUCCAUGCCGCGGCUGCUGGAGGGGGCCAUCAGCUACAAGGCGGCGCUGGAGGACCAGCAGGAUCUCCUGAGGAUGCAGGAGCACCUGAUGUCACUGGUGGUCAGCACCAUGGCAGAAGGUGAAGAAUUCAGUGCCAGCUUUGAGGAGCACUCCCACCUGUGGAAGGAGACCCCCGAUGAGUUCCUGCAGCGCUUCCUCACCUUGGACAGUGCCACUGAAGAGGGCGAGGCAGAGCCCAAAGGAGAGCCCAAAGGAGAGCCCAAAGCAGAGCCCAAAGCAGAGCCAGAGAAGCCCUUGGCGCCUGGGAUCGACGUGUUGGAGGCGCUGCAUGAAGACGUGCUGGAGUUUGAGGAAACCAGGGUGUUUGGGGGGUGGCUGCAGAGCGACUGCCGCCCCUUCAAGAAGGCGCUGCUCAGCGCCAUCAGGGGCCACAGCAUGGUGCUCCGGCAGUUCCUCGCCCACCACGUCACCAGCAGUCUCGAGGAGCUGCAGAAUUUCAUCAAAGAGUCCACUGCCGGCUUGAGUAAGCCUCUGGAGGAGGGAGACUAUGAAGGACUGGUGGAGGUGAUGGCGCACCUGGCGAAGGUCAGGGAGAGGCAGGAGGCCACGGACAUGAUGUUUGAGCCCCUGAAGGAGACGGUGGCGCUGCUCAAGACUUACGGGGACAAGAUGCCGGAGGAGAUCCACCUGCUGCUCCAGAAGCUGCCCGAGAGCUGGGACAACAACAAGAAGCUGUGCCUGCGGGUGUCGGAGAGCGCGGCGCCGCUGCAGGCGGCCGAGGCCGCCGUCAUCCGCAACAAGUGCCAGGACUUCGAGGUCCAGCAGCUCGCCUUCCGGGAGAGCUUCCAGGAAAAUGCUCCUUUCUCGUACACAGAACCAGAGCCCUACAAGUCACUGAACAAGCAACAUAAGAGCAUCACGGCCUUGGAGAAGGAAAUGGAAGCCCUGGCCUCCUCAGCUGCGCUGUUUGAGGUGUCAUUCCCAGAGUACAAACAGCUCAAAAUGUGCCGCAAGGAGCUGCGCCUGCUGAAGGACCUCUGGGACAUGGUCACCCUGGUGAACUUGAGCAUCACCAGCUGGAACACAACCAAGUGGGCAGAGCUCAACGUUGAGGAUAUGGAUAUUGAGUGCAAGAAAUUUGCUAAAGACAUCCGGGGUUUGGAUAAGGACGUGAAGGGCUGGAACGCGUUCACGGGGCUGGACAGCAGCGUGAAGAACAUGAUGACGUCCCUGCGCGCCGUGAGCGAGCUGCAGAACCCGGCCAUCAGGGACCGGCACUGGCAGGAGCUCAUGCACACAGCCAAGGUGGAGUUCACCAUGUCCGACAACACCACCCUGGCGGAUCUGCUGCAGCUCAACCUGCACAAGUUUGAGGAGGAGGUUCGCGGCAUUGUGGACAAAGCGACAAAGGAGGCCGGGAUGGAGAAGGGCUGGGGCCUCACCACGGCCCCCAGCUCAUCCUCCUGCCCCAACCACAGGUGCUGA